AGAAAUCUACAAACAGAACAGAAAGGACCGCACACUUGGUUGAUGACGUACGUAUAGAUGUGCGCAUGACCGGGUGUACAUUGUUGUGACGCUACUACGAUUCCAGGAUCUGUGGUUACAACAAAUUCAGCCUUUGAUUUCUAAAAUGGCCGAGGUGGAAGAAACACUGAAAAGAAUCCAGACUCAGAAAGGCGUACAGGGGAUUAUCAUCGUGAACGCAGAAGGCAUACCCAUUAAGACUACCCUGGACAAUUCCAGCACGGUACAGUACGCCGGGCUUAUUCACCAGCUUGUAAUGAAGGCACGGAGCACCGUGAGGGACAUCGACCCUCAGAACGACCUCACCUUUCUCAGGAUCCGUUCCAAGAAGAAUGAGAUCAUGAUCGCUCCAGAUAAGGACUAUUUCCUCAUUGUGAUUCAGAACCCAACAGACUAAGAAGAUGUUUCUUUUAAAUUUAUUUUGCUUUAAGUAUUUUAUUUAAUGGCCAAAUUGUGGGUGAACACAAAUGUACAAAGUGUUACAAAAGCACCGUAACAAGAGUAACAAGGAAAGACUUGAAGGUCCUUUUAUGGUGGGUCAAACAGCAGGAGUUGGGGUGCUGACGUCCAAAAACAAGUAACGGCAUGAAGCUAUCAUACAUAGCGUAACACUGAUCAUUCCAGUGCCACCUCUAAUUUGAAGGCCAAGGCUUUUCAGGAGGACAGAUGGUGGGUCUCUUCACCUGUAUUGUGGAAUAACUGUAAUAGUUGUGACUAUUAUUAUAAUAUUGUUAGUAUUAUUAUAAUAGUUAUGUGCGUUUAGCCACCAGAACAAGUCAGUUAGGCUAAGAAACAGUGUCCCAGAAAAAAACGCAAAUAAAUGUGCACUUGUCCUUGUGUAUUUGCUUUAA